AUGAAACUUCAGUUCACUCGCAACUUAUCUUCAGCACCCAUCACUGUUGCUGUCACGUCAGAAGAGUUAGCUGCAAAGAAGCUGGGGUGGCACAAUCUUGAAAUAGCUACGCGGGCACUGCACCGUGAUGGGCUUGUAGUAUUGCAGGAUGUUAUUGAGCACUCUAAGCUUGACGCUCUGAACAGGACUAUGGUACAAGAUGCCCUCAAACUCCAAGCUCUUGGCGAUGAUGGUCCUUUCAACUACAAUAAAGGCAAUAUUCAGCAAGACCCCCCAAUGAUGAAGAGCCACUUUGACCCCUCGAUCUUUCUGAACCCCUUGGCCACACAGGUCACGACUUCUGUGCUCGGCCCCAAACCCCGCUUGACGUUCAUGUCCGGCAAUAGCGCACUUCCACCUGUACCAGGAGUGACGCCGCAAUCUCAACCCGUCCACACAGACGCAGAUUUCGACCAUCCGGAAUCGCCUUUCGCUCUCGUUGUCAACGUUCCACUGAUCGAGAUGGACAUCAACAACGGCAGCACAGAAGUAUGGCUCGGUACCCACAACAUCACUUCUCUGGCCGCACAGGAAGGCAAGCAGGGAGACAGAGCCAGCGGGCGGAUCGCCAAACAUCUGCUUGAACAACGUAAGCAAGAACGAGGCCCCUGCCAGCCUCAGGUCAAGAAAGGCUCGAUUGUGAUUCGCGAUCUCAGACUUUGGCAUGCUGGAAAGCCCAAUUUCAGCAAUGAUGUGCGGGUCAUGCUUGCCAUGAUUCAUUUCGCUCCGUGGUUUCGUAAUGCGAUGACCAUUGAAUUCUCGAAAGACUUAGAAAACGUCUUGGAUCGGGAGGGUAGCGACCUACAGAUCCAAAAAAGACUUGUUUCUGAGCAAACAAUCAUGGAUGGGUAUCUCAAUCGUGGCUACGGCAAUUCAUACAACUUCGACCAAGAGUCAAGGCUCGAGCACUUUUGA